UAUCACCCACGCGGAAGUACACGUGAAUUAUUUUUGGCGGCUUCUUGCAAACUAUCAUGUGAUUCGUCACUAGCUCACCUUUGAUUGGCUGAGAAUAUUCAGCCAAUCUAUGAAAACAUGCAAACUUUACACGAUAUAAAUGCUAAACUUGGCACCCCGUCGCAGUGCACACCAUGAGUUCUAGGAAAAAAUAUUACAAAACUUGCAGAUGAAUUUAAAACAAACGUAAAAGAAGCCAUUCCUACAAGAUAAAACAGAACUACGGCUGUAUAAGGACGGAAAGGGUACGAGAUGAUAUCAGAUAACAAGAAAAACCCCUUACAAACUGUAGCAAGAUAACGGUCGCUCAGUAGUACUGUCUUAAAUAGAACCAAGACACAAAAGUUUGUUCGCUAUUUAGCGAUCUUCUGCUCGGAUCAGCAUCUCUAACCACACCGCUUUUUCGUUCAAGCUACUUCAAACAUAAAGGUUUAAUCUUUAGGAAAAGCUUACUGGCUUUUUCACAGUCUUUUUUUUAAAGAACUGCCAAAACGUUUGAAUACCUUUCCUUGGUAUGAUUUUGAGGAAAAAUUGAAUCUUUAAGGUAUAUACGCAGCAACGAGCAGCUUGCAUGGUGUGAGGUGACACGGCUGAGCCCCUGUCGUAUUCCAUUACUUGUCUUCAAGAAACAAACCCUCAUAGCAAACCUCGACGAUCCAAGAACACCUGCUAGGUAAGGAAUGCUCUGACGAGUGACGGAGAGCUUUUUUUUUUCAGUGGAAAAAUUUGCCAUCAGCUUUCAUCAUCGAGGUUCUUUGGAUUCCCAGACGAGUACAGUGAGCACCGGGGAUGCCUUCUCUUUCAUCUAGACAGUUUAUAUUUAAUAUCUCGCUCCAUUACGCAUUCAAGUACAAACCCAAUCGUUACUGAGUUUUCAUCGACAAGGCAAUUGAACUUUUAAGAGUGCUUUGGUGACCUUGAUCAAGUAGCCCGAGCUUUAAGUGGCUUUUUUUCGUCCAAUGCAAAUAAGCCAGGCAAUUCUGAAGUGGAUUUAGAGCCGUUUGAGACUGAUUUACAGAACAUCAAUAGAUAUGGAACAGACGAACGCGUCUAUGAGUAACCCAGAGAACAGUUCGCCUUUGGAUGAUGCUGUUGGGAAAGUUCAAUUGGCCGUUUAUGUUGUCACGUUUCUCGUUGGAUCUGUGGGUAAUAUUCUCGUUCUUAUUAUCGUCAAAGGUAAACGCUCAAGGCGAAGUGUCAAUGACUUGUACAUCAUGAAUUUGGCUAUCGCAGACUUGAUGUUUAUAGCCUUUUUGCCUAUUUACGUGUACAAUUGGUUCGUUCCCGCGAAAAUGUCGACUGGCAUGUGCAAGUUUAUUCCUCCGGUGAUGACCACGACUUAUUGUCUAAGCGUAUACACUUUAACGUUCAUGGCCGUGCAUCGGUGCUAUGUCAUUCUUAAUCCAUUCAAACCAGAUAUGAGACAUCGUAAUGUUUAUAUCAGUAUUGCAAUCAUAUGGGCUAUAUCGGCCGUCUUCAUCAUGCCUCUAGUCGUUGUUGGACGCGCAGAAAAAGGAACUUGCACAGAAAUGUGGCCUACAACGGACCACAAGAGAGCCUACACCUUGUCUCUAGUCAUUCUACAGUAUGUUCUUCCAUUGGCUAUCAUCACCGUCGCGUACAUAAGAAUCAUCUUUGAUUUGAACCGCAGCAGCGCUUCGAAGUUCGAACGCCACACCCAAGUCCACCAACAAUUCAGGAAAGAAAAUCUACAGAUAGUCAAGACUUUAGCGACGAUAGUCAUUUUAUUCGCAGUGUGUUUACUGCCUGGACAAAUCUGUUGGAUGAUGGUGGACUUUGGAAGCUCGGAUCAAAAGAGCUUGAUAAUAUUUUUUAACGCCAGUGUCAUUCUUUCUGCACUUCAUAGCUGCUUAAAUCCCAUCGUUUACGGAACACUUACUAAACAAUUUCGACGCGAAUAUUUGCGGUAUUUUUUGUAUGUGUUCCGCUGUUGUCGAAAAAGAUGGGGUUACAGGGAACAUUAUACUCAAGGUUGGAAUUCACAUAAUACUAACACUCCACAUGAGAACAACAACAAGACAGAAACUGCAGUCAUAAGAUCUUAUGCAAUAGAUUCUCCGUUGAGGGAGUCCAGGGUGUAAAGAUGAGAUUAAUCCAGGACACCAAAUCUUCUAUUAUGUAAUAUAGAAAUCAUAAAUAUUCCGAGAUUUGUAUCAGAACUCGGAUAAUCUUGGAUUAGAAAGACAUUUUUUAGAGCCGAUUUCGAGUCAUCAUCAGUAGACCUUCGCCGGAGCCAGGCAUAUCUGGCAUUGUUUUUGGUAGAUAGAUCUCUUGGUGUUGUGCGCAGUUAGUACUGUGAGCAUCGCUGGACGCAUCGCUCAAUUCGGAGGCACAGGAUUACAAUAUUUUUACCGGGUCAGACAACCAUUCGACCUUUUUAACUUAGAAUUAUGGCCGCCUCAUUGCGUGUUGUUAAUCCUACGGCCACUUCACGUGAGUUUUAGAUACACCUCUUCUACCUUAAAUGGUUUUGAGAGCCAUGCAAAAAAUGAGGAGAUGGUUUUGUCGACUGCCGGCAGUCUCCUAGUUUUUCUUUCCCUUGAUUCGAGCUAGGGCGGUGUUUCCCAAUUUUCCCAAUUUUCCUCCCUUCGCAAAACCCAACACACUAAAACAGAUUCUAAUUCAAGCUUUGAGUUAGCCUUGCUCUAGGCUUAGAUCAGCCCAGAGUUGUUUGACGCUUCGAUCUUUGAAUUAGCCUUGCUCAAGGCUUAGAUCAGCCCAGAGUUUGUUCCACGCCUUCAAUCUUUGAAUUAGCCGUGCUCAAGGCUUAGAUCAGCCCAAGGGUUGUUUCAGGGUUCACUUAUAAAAUAAAUGUUUGUUUGGGAAUAA